ACUUCAUCAGUCUUCUCUUGGCCCUCGUAGGGACAGCACCGGUUGUCCCAUCGGAGCUUCGAUCGCUCCCGUAAACGUCACCACGGGAAGGCGUCACAAUUCUACGUUUCUCUGACGUCACGAAUGGCUGAAAGAGGCGUCGAAAGCAUUUGAAAUACUUAAUUGAGAAAGAACUUGUGAUAAGACUACUUCCAUAGAUCAUGAAAUUAGCCAAAAUGCAGUUUGUUUAUCUGUUGGUACUAAUAUUGGCCUACUGUGAUUCGCGCACCGUCGAUGUAGGCCGAGAGGACAUUGAAGUUAUAGCGGGUGUCUCCCCCCUCCUGGGGCCUAAGAAUCUCCCGUUGCUCAAGGAGAGCGAGGGGGGCCUCUCCCCUGGGAUUAACGAUAUCCAGGGGGGCCUGAUGGAUAAAGCGGACGGGAUUGUAGUCGACAAGGCGUACGAGGUCGAGAUCAAGAACGUAGCGACGACAGAAAACACGCCGACGGUGUCCGAGUUCAACGACAUCGACAGCCUCGACGCCGUGGCCGAAGAGAAAGAAGAAGAAAAGGCCGAGGUUGACGAACCGGACGAGGCUGAAGAUGAAUUCGACCCAGAUAUAUUCGAAGGGGAAGGCGACCUCUUGCUAGUCAUGAGGAGGAUGUACGAGGCCCUCACCAGCAGGCUGAACCUCCUGAAGGGCAGGGUGUCCACUGUGGAGCAGACUACGUCGGACAUCUUGGCCCGGCUCACCGACCUGGACUGCUCCGACCUCCAGACGCGGGGCCAGAAAGAGUCCGGCGUCUACACGCUCCACAUGGACCACAACGGGAAGCGCCCCGUCAGCGUCGCCUGCGACAUGGAGACCGACGGCGGCGGGUGGACGGUCAUCCAGAAGAGGACCUCGCAGACGAAGGACGUCGACUUCAACCGUGGCUGGUUCGACUACAAGAUGGGCUUCGGCAACGUCUCCUCCGACUACUGGAUCGGGCUGGAGAACAUCUACAUCUGGACCAACACGCGCCACUACGAGCUGCGGAUUGAUCUCUCCGACUUCGCCGGCGUGACAGCCUACGCCCACUACGACCACUUCUACAUCGAAAGCGAGGAUCGUGGCUACAGGCUGCACAUUUCCGGCUACAGCGGGACGUCGGGUGACUCGAUGGGCAAUGAAGGGAAGCUCGAUAAUUUCACGGCGGACGGGAUGCUGUUCACGACCCACGACGAGGACCACGACACGUCCCACGAAAUCAACUGCGCCAAGUACUGGAAAAUCGGCGGGUGGUGGUUCAACCGGUGCUCCUGGGCCAACCUGAACGGGCCCUACCGAGAGCCCGGGGAGGGCGACGGCAUCGGCAUCAACUGGCACAUGUGGAGGAACAAGGAGUACCUCAGGACGUCGCAGAUGAUGAUCAGACCUACCAGAAAUUUCUAGGACUUAAAUUCUCACAUUUGAGUGCAAGAAGAAGGGACAGUUGUCAACAAAAGUGCCAAAAAGCUAAAAUUUUUGUUAAUAAUUUUGCGUCAAUGUCUAAUUCUAUUCAGUUUAUUAUAUUCAUAUUUCCCUCAAAAAUGCAUCACAAAGUACAAAAGGACAAGCGUACAUUUCACAUUUUCACGUACGUCUCGACUCAAUAAUGUCGCUACAUUCAAACAUUUCAGAAGAAGAGUCGCUAAAAUGUGAAAUUAUCCGAGUAUAUGAGAUACCACAUUUGUUCAUUAUUUCUCACAUUUAAACUAACGAGGCAAAGGAUAUUAGUAUAACUGUUGGUGCACGAAUCAAAUUGACUGUUCGUUUGUGUCGUAAUACAUCACUCAUAGUUUUGUAAAUAUGUAUUUUUCAUGGAGCAGAUGUUGUGUUAGUCUUUUAACAAAUAAACAAGAAAACAAAGAA